GCAGGUUUCGACAAUGAUCCUUCCGCAGGUUCACCUACGGAAACCUUGUUACGACUUCUCCUUCCUCUAAAUGAUAAGGUUCAGUGGACUUCUCGCAACGUCGAAGGCAGCGAACCGCCCACGUCGCCACGAUCCGAGCACUUCACCGGAUCAUUCAAUCGGUAGGAGCGACGGGCGGUGUGUACAAAGGGCAGGGACGUAGUCAACGCGAGCUGAUGACUCGCGCUUACUAGGAAUUCCUCGUUGAAGACCAACAAUUGCAAUGAUCUAUCCCCAUCACGAUGAAAUUUCAAAGAUUACCCGGGCCUAUCGGCCAAGGCUAUAUGCUCGUUGAAUACAUCAGUGUAGCGCGCGUGCGGCCCAGAACAUCUAAGGGCAUCACAGACCUGUUAUUGCCUCAAACUUCCGCGGCCUAAAAGGCCGUAGUCCCUCUAAGAAGCUGGCCACGAAGGGAUACCUCCGCAUAGCUAGUUAGCAGGCUGAGGUCUCGUUCGUUAACGGAAUUAACCAGACAAAUCGCUCCACCAACUAAGAACGGCCAUGCACCACCACCCAUAGAAUCUCGAAAGAGCUCUCAGAAAGAGCUCUCAGUAGUAGUUCACGUGCGAGAGUUUCUCUCACUAAGAAGAAAAAUUCCCAUCGGUCUUUUUCAUCUUGGGUGCUCGAACUAAACUGCUCUCUUUUGGCUUCUUUCACCGAUUAAUCCUCUUAAAUCCUUUUGCUUCAGCCUCGGAAAUCCAUCCUAUUUACUUUCCAUCGAUUGGAAUUUAAAAAUUUUGGAUUUUUAGGUGUAAAACGAGGAUUUUUUGAGUUUUUUGUUCGCUAAUUUUCACUAUUCAUCAGAAUCGAUUUCUGAUCUUGGAGCAAAAUUAGACGGUUGCUGUUGGAAUUAAGGAGUGCUGUGGGGGUCGCCACCUCAGGGCGCACCUCCCCAACCCAUCUCCGGCGGCUGGAGGUGCUGUUUGGCCGGAGUUCAGAGAUAACCGUUGGUUUGCUUCACUGUUCUGGCAGUCUGGUUUUUUGUUCGUAGCUCUUCAACGACACCUCCAAAUUGAUUUCUGAAGGUUGAUUUGGAUUCAUCUGGCUCAGACGAAGCUAUUGGCACCAGUCUCGUCCGAUUUGAGUAAGAUUUCAGUUUUUCCCCAAAUUUCAAAAACGCUACAGUACAUUGUGCGCAGCUGCUGGUAUUUGGCGAUUUUCUGGGUAAAUUCUGUAAUGUUCUCCUAAAAACGAGCACUGGUAUGUUCAUCGCCAUUACCUAAGCUACCUCCCUGAUUUUUUUGAUAAUUUUUGGAGCUGUUUUGCUUUACGAAGUUACUGUUCAUCUUCUUCAAGCUUUGACAGUUUUCCAGAACUAGUUAAACUUUAUCUGGGACUGCUCUGGUUACUGUUUUUGUGUAAGGUGAAUUGUCUUGUGCUUCUAAUCACCCAGGGAACGUGCUGUAAUUUUUUUAGAAUUUUCUGGGCUGUUUUGAAUUUCGGAUUACUGUUCAUCUUCUAUAAACUGCCAGGACUAGUUAAUCUUUUUCUGGGAACUUUCUGCUUAUUAUUUUGGAGAUCGGUAAAGUUCUUUAUGCUUGUUAUCACUAGGGGAAUGUCCAUGAUUAUUUUCGUAAUUUUCUGAGCAUUUCUUUGGAUAUUCUUGUGUUUGGACUAACUUUUCCAUGACAAGAAAAAAUAAGCAAAAGAGAACCCCUCCCGCUAAGGACGGACAGUUCGAUGCAAGAUUUAAAGAGCUCUUAGCAAAGAAGAAAGCUAUGGAAGCCCAAAAGGGCUCAAAGGGUUCCAGUGAAGCAUCUUUUGCUUUCAAACCCUCUCCGAAUGCUUUGAUCGUUGUUCCUAAACCCCAUGCUGAAACAGUGGACUCUAAUGUUCCCACUCCUACAAACCAUGCUGAAUCAACUCCCAAUUCCCCUUCUAAGGAGAUUGUUGAGGAACAUGUGCAAGUGGUGACCGAGGAUGAGUCUUCAAACAUUGGGGCUAGGGAUUCUCCUACAAAAGAGGCCUCCAAAGACACAAAUGAAAUUAAGGAUGAUGCUGCCAUUAUCCAAACUGAAAAGGAAGUGGAGAAGGAGGGUGAAAGCAAAGAAGGAAAAAAGAAGGCUUGGUCUUCUCUGUUUCGUGACAACCGGUCCAUGGAACAUGGUUUUAAACUCAGGUAUAUCCCUCCAACCGGUGAUAUCAUUGAUUUCUCUAACAAAAACCUCCCAUCUAUCAUUGAGAUGUGGGGGUUCUGUUUAGUUGGUUAUUUUGCAGGACGCUUCCCAGGAAUGAAAGCCAUAUAUGAACUAAUUGCUAGAUGGGGUGUCCAUUGUAAACCGAGAUCUCAUGACAAGGGCUGGAUAAUAUUUAAAUUUCAAAGUGAGAAGGACCGCACCAAAGUUAUGAUGGAGGGUCCUUACACACUCUUUGGCAAAGCUCUUUUCCUUAAAGAACUCUCGGAUGAUUUCUCGGUUACAAGUGACGAGUUUCUAAAAGUUCCGGUGUGGGUCAAAUUCCCAUGGUUACCUAUGCGACUUUGGAAUGAAGAAGCUAUUAGUGAGGUGGCUUCAAAAGUGGGGGUCCCUAUCACCACGGAUAAAAUUACCCAACAAGGUGAAAUGGACAGAUUUGCUAGAGUAUUGAUCGAGGUCGACGCCACAAAGGAACCCACUCUUGAAUUCAUGAUCCGCUUGCAUAAUGGGAGAAUGCACAAGCAAAGGAUAAUCUACGAGACUUAUCCAAACUAUUGCUACCAUUGUACGGUAUAUGGUCAUCAUGCUUUUACAUGCCCCAAAUUGCACGUGGUGGAGAGAAAAGCAAAGGAUGGGAAGGAUACGGGCGAGCAAAGUAAGAUGGGAGUGGACCCACUAAAAGUGGACGAGCAUAUGGAAAUUUCCUUCAACCGGAAACCCAUUUCUUUUAUUAAAGGGCAGCCCUCAAAAACCCAUACUUCUAUGGUGAGGAACCCCAAAGGUAAGGAAGUGGUUCCUUUUGGUGAAGAGACUGAGUGUGGGGCAAAUUCUAUUCCAAUAGAAUCCAGUAGCGAUGAAGCCGUUGCCAUCCAGCCCCUACCUCCUCCUAGGCAUAAGCCGAAGCCAAAAAAGAAGAAAGGGGAGUCGAGUAAUGUGCAAAAGGGAGACAAGAUUGAUACAACCCAGCAGCCUCUUAUUCAAAAAAUCAACAUCGACGCUGAGAUAGAAGACUGGGAGGGGCGAAGGCUGUUAUAUGCUCAUGAUAUGGAGGAAGAUGACAUUGUCACGAACUUUGUUAUCAAGGAGGAUGGUGAACAGGUGGCCUACGUCAAGAAGAAACAUCAUAUUAAAAGCUAUAUUCCAUUGGCAAGGGUGGGGAAUUCCUUUCGAAAGGAGCUGGAUCCUAAUGUGCCUGCCAUUACCUUUACGGACCCUUGCUUGAUGUCCCUUCCCGGAGUCAAAAGAACAAGGAGAUGGUAUGCUUUUGAUAAAAAGAUUUUUAUUCCUAACGUUGCUAGUUUUUUUGAUGCCUUUUCCAGGAGAAACAUGGAGUAUAGCGCUAGAAAAGAAGCGGAGAUUAAAGCCGGGAAGGUGUGGAGGAUAAAGGACAGACCCAAGGACGGGGGAUACACAUCUGGGGGCUGCAAAUCCCCAGAAAUCGACCUCACCUGAUUUUAUGAUAGUGCUCGCUUGGAAUGUUAGGGGUUUGGGUAAACCCUCCAAACAAAAUUCCGUUGUAAAUAUUAUUCGCACUAAUAAUAUUUCGAUUGCUUGUUUUUUGGAGACAAAGAUGUCCACUUUGAAUUUUAAUAGGUUGGUUACAAAUAGAUGGCCCGGGUGGUUAUCUACUACCAAUUUUGAUUUAAUUAAUGGGGGCCGAAUGGGUAUGAUUUGGAACCCCUCUCUAACUGACUGUGUGGUGAUUGAGGUGGGCAAGCAAUUUAUGCAUUGUAAAUUCGUGUGUAAAACCACCCAAAUCCCCUUUUUUAUUACGUUUGUCUAUGCAUUAUACACUGUUGUUGAGCGCAGGGACCUUUGGGAGCAUCUAGCACAGGUUGGCAGCAAUAUAAAGGCUCCUUGGAUGAUUAUGGGAGAUCUAAACUGUGUUUGUUCUACAACGGAAAGGUUGGGUUCAGCCCUUCCAUCGGCAUACCUCAUGAGGGAUCUCCUGGACUUUAAAGGCCACACUGGAAUGGUAGAUGCUCCAUCUACUGGGGAAUUUUUCACUUGGAACAAAGGGACUGUUUGGGCAAAGCUGGACCGUGUCCUAAUCAAUUCAUCUUGGAGCCAACAUAGCUUGGAUUGUAGGGCACAUUUUCAUGAGAUGGAACCGGAGUUUGAUCACACCGCUAUUGUAGCAACAAUUCUCAAGAAUUCCGCUAACCGAGCUAAGCCUUUUAAAUUCUUUAAUAUGUGGAUUAAGCACCCAAAAUUUUCCAAUAUUGUUGCGCAGGUCUGGGGGCAGCACAUAGGGGGUUCGGCCCAGUUUUCCUUGGUAAGGAAACUGAAACUCUUAAAGGCUCCCCUUAAGGAGCUUAAUAAGAUGGAGUUUGGGCAUAUUUCCAUGAAGGCAAAAGAGGCAAAAGAGGAUUAUAAAAGGCUGCACAAGUUAUCCUUAGUCUCCACUCCAACUGGAGAUGAGAUUAAUGAUCUGGCUAGUGCUAAAAAGCGUGCCAUUUUUCUGUGUGAGGCUGAAACUAGCUUUUACCAACAAAAAGCUAAGGCCAUUCACAUUUUAGAAGCGGACAAAAGUACCAAGUACUUUCACGCUAUAGUUAAAAAGAAUAUUGCCCGCAACUCAAUUGCCUCUAUUCAAAUGGCAGAUGGUAACUUGACUACUUCGUUAGAUCAAGUUGGCCAAGAAUUUGUGAAUUUUUUCACUACAUUAUUUGGCACUACUAUAGACUGCCUGGAGCCCGAUGUCCUGGUUAUGGGAAAUGGGCCAAAACUUGAUUCCAUAACUCGGGAGGAUCUUGUGGCCCCAAUCUCGAGCCUGGAAAUUAAGAAUGCGUUAUUUGAUAUCGGAAAUGACAAAGCUCCUGGCCC